UCCAGUCAGUAUCUAAGUAGCUCGCGUAUCAGUCUAUAGCAGAUAUUGUUCAUUUGUGAACAGAGCUGUAUCGGAGUAAGAAGGUGUUUUGUUAUCAUAGAACGCUUCUUGGUGGAAUAAAAAUUGUUCUGUUUUGAAAAUAAUAAACAUUAUAUAUACUUUUUAUUUAGACAUUGACUAUUGUGAUGUGUGCUGGGAUUGACGCGUUAAACAAACUAAUAUUAAAAUCCAUUAAGUCAUAGCAUGCGAAACUUUAUUAUAUAAAUCAGACUAUCGAUCUGUGAAUUAAUAUGUGAUUUUGAUACCGAUAAUAGCCAGAUUUGCAUGUGCCUUAACAUAACAUAUAUCAGGAAAUAUGAUAUGUUUAUAAGGAGCAAAGAAUUGUUUGACAAAAUUGACUUCAAACCCUUACGUUAUUAGCAACAGUUCUGUUAAUCAUGAAGUAGUUUACGAAUGAAAUAAAAGUUAUUCCAAAAUUCUUUGUUUAUUAUAUAGGCCACUAAUAUGGCAUGUAAGCAUAGUUUUGAAAAACUUGUGAAUCUUUGAGCGACAAAGGAGUGACAAAAUUAAGUACCUCGACAUCUUCUAUUUAGUGUUGUAGUGUUUAAAUGCGUGGGAAUGCUAUAGUAGUGAAUUAUCACAAAGUGGACACUGCUUACAAAUACAAAAUCUCAAAUAUUUUACAGUUUUCAGUCACAAAAGUAGAAAACAUAGUUCUGCCAUAAUGCUGAAACAUCUAGGUAUUUUGCUUUCUAUAAAACUGUUCUUGGUUUGUGCAUAUGGAAGCAGUUGUCCUUUAGACUGGUCAUUGUCACAAGUGAUGAAAUGUUUGCAAAAUGUCACAUAUGGCGUGAACGGCACAAACGUCCUUGCCGGAACUGACACCAGUACAAUACACAUGUUUUGUGAGGACGGUACAUUAAACCAAUCAGUGGAAUGCUUGGAUAAUUUGUACAACAAAUGUGGAGCCAGCAAUUCCCUGGCUAUGUUGGCAGUGCCUAAAUUAUGGAGAUCCGCUGUAGAAAAAUUGUGCAGUUCCCUUUCUGAUCAUGAUCUUCAUAACAUGUGUAUUGUUCAUCUACGUCCUACAAUCAAAAGCUGUCUCUCUCACAAUGACGUCAUGUUCCAGAAAAGCCUACAAAAUCAGGAGACUUGGAAAACACUCAAAAUAAAGAUUUGUGGUUAUUUUGAGGGUAUGCGAAUAUGUACGGCAGAGCCUGUCAUUAAAAACUGCGACGCAGGUGUUGGUCAGACUCUCAGUGAUUUCAUGUCAAGUAUAAGCCCUAGGAUGUGUAAGCCCAAUUACACGCAUGCUGGCAGUGACACUUCAGAAGGAGCACGUGUAUCAAAUACGCUAUGUUUUAGAACUUUCCUUCAAGUACUGUUGAGUUUUCUAUUCAUACAACUUUGUAGUUCUGUUUUAAUAAAAUAGUGUUGAUUGC